GAUAUUGGGUGUGGCUGAGAGUGCAUGAAGCCGCUGGUCAUGAAGCCGCUGGUCAUGAAGCCAGUCCGCCUGAUUCACGAGAUAAGCCGCGCCAAGCCGGUUACAUAAGCGCCGAGGUAUGUAACUAAUGUUAGUAAACGGUCAGUCAACGUCACCAGGCCUCUCAACCACGACCGCGACAACGACCGCGACCUCGACCUUCCUCCCUCCACCUCUAUCCUCAACGCCAACGCCAACACCAACCAUGGGUGCCUUAUUGUCUAUUCCGUUUCUCGCGCUGCCGAGCAUGGGCACAGUAUGGGGCCUUGCCGCCUCGUGCUGUGGAGCUGCUACCUGCAGUGCCGUCUUCAGCUCAUGUGGGAAGUGUGGGAACAGCAUCGCCACUCGUAUCGCCUACGCCCUCAUGCUCCUCAUCAACUCGAUCGUCUCAUGGAUCAUGCUCACCGACUGGGCCAUGAAGAAGCUCUCCCACCUCACCCUCGACUACGUCGACAUCAAGUGUCAUGGAGAGCAGUGCUACGGAUAUGUUGCUGUGCAGAGGAUCAACUUCGCCCUUGGCUUCUUCCACAUCCUCAUGGCCUUGAUGCUCAUCGGAGUGCGCUCCUCGAAGGACGGCCGUGCGCCGAUUCAGAACGGAUUCUGGGGACCCAAGAUCGUCGGAUGGAUUGCCAUGGUCAUCCUGACCUUCUUUAUCCCGAACUCGUUCUUCAUUACCUGGGGAAAUUACUUUGCCUUGGCCGGCGCUUGUCUCUUCUUGCUCAUCGGUCUCAUUCUGUUGGUAGACUUGGCGCACAACUGGGCCGAAUACUGCCAGGAGAAGAUUGAAGUCACGGAAUCGAGAGUCUGGACUGGGCUCCUCGUUGGAUCCGCCGUGAUCAUGUAUCUGGCCUCCUUCGCCAUGACCAUCGUCAUGUACAUCUUUUUCGCCCGGGGCAAAUGUUCCAUGAACCAGGCAGCCAUCACAAUAAACCUGCUCCUGCUUCUGAUUGCAUCUGUUGUGUCCAUCCACCCGGCCGUCCAAAGCGUCAACCCCCGAGCUGGCCUCGCCCAGUCUGCCAUUGUCGCAAUCUACUGCACGUACUUGACCAUGUCGGCCGUUGGCAUGGAACCAGACGACCAGCAAUGUAACCCUCUAAUUCGCGCUCGAGGCACCCGCAAAGCCACAGUCAUCAUCGGCGCCAUCGUUACCUUCAUCACCGUCGCCUACACCACCACGCGUGCCGCCACUUACGGCCUCGCCCUCGGCUCUCAGGGCAACUCAUACAGCAAUGGCAACGGCUAUGCCCGCGUCGGCACCGAAGACUAUGAGCACGGUCUCGUGACCCAACAACCCGAAUCGCGCCGCGAAAUGCGCCAAGCCGCCCUCCGCGCCGCCGUCGAAAGCGGCUCUCUCCCUGCCUCGGCUCUGGACGACUCUGACAGUGACGAUGAAGAUGAAGGCCCAUCGAAGAACCCUCGCGACGAUGAACGCAAUGCAACGCAGUACAAUUACUCCCUCUUCCAUGUCAUCUUCUUCCUCAGCACCGCAUGGGUGGCUACUCUCCUCACGAUGAAUUUCGACGAAAAGGAUAUGCAGAAUGACUUUGUGCCUGUGGGAAGGACGUACUGGGCGAGCUGGGCAAAGAUUGUUAGUGCGUGGGUGUGUUAUGGGAUUUACAUUUGGAGUCUGAUUGCCCCGGCCGUGUUGCCUGAUCGCUUUGAUUAUUGAUGUGACAAUUUCGUUGUGUUUUUGAAUACGAGGGAAAUCAAGUAUGGAAGUUGGGGGAGUGGUUUUUAUUUGAACAUCAAACUACAGCCGAGGCUAUGGAGUUUCUUUUGUGUAUUAGCAUGGAGAGUGUACGAUAAUAAAGUAUACCCUGGAUUCUAGCGGCUAAUAUUUGGACUGGGAUUGCCCAUGACA